UCUGUGCAUUGGCCUGUGAACUUCAUGUCACCGACACCUUCCAGUUUAGAGAUCAAGGUCAACGCAGCCAGGCCUGGUACUGCUGCUGUUAGGGCUACAGGCCAUCAUGGCUAUCGCUGGGCUUUUUGGCUUCCUGUCUAUGGGCUUCCGUGAUCUGUGUCAAUUGACUGCCUGGCUCUGCCUCUUCUACGUUCUGUACAAAGUCUCUAAGCUGUAUGUGAAAUGGAGGGAGUUGAACAGAGCAUUCAGCCCUUUCCCAGGUCCUAAACUUCACUGGCUGUAUGGCAAUGCCCAUGAGUUCCGUGGAGAUGGAAGCGAAUUUGACCUCAUAAUGCAAUAUGCUGGACAGUAUCCAUACGCCUACCCUCUGUGGCUGGGAAAUUUCUUUGGAACACUGUAUAUCUGUCACCCUGAUUACGCAAAAGCCAUUCUUUCCAGGCAGGAUCCCAAGGAUAAUUUUGCCUAUUACUUCAUAACUCCAUGGAUCGGUAAAGGGUUGCUGGUGUUAUCGGGACAGAAGUGGUUCCAGCACCGCAGGCUGCUGACCCCCGCCUUCCAUUAUGAUGUAUUGAAGCCUUAUAUGAAACUGAUGUCAGACAGCAUGAAUGUCAUGCUGGAUAAAUGGGAGAGCCUCAUCUCAGAUAAGAAACCAGUAGAGCUGUUCCAACAUGUCAGCCUCAUGACGCUGGACACCAUCAUGAAAUGUGCCUUCAGUUGCCAUAGCAAUUGCCAGAAUGACAGUGAAAGUGUCUACAUCAAGGCAGUAUACGAUCUCUCCUACCUGAUAAACUACAGAUUCACCUGCCUACCCUAUCACAAUGAUUUAGUUUUCCACUUAAGUCACCAUGGAUUCCGCUACAGAAGAGCUCUGAAGACUGCGCACCAGCACACAGAUAAAGUCAUUAAGGAAAGAAAAGAAUCCCUCAAAGAAAAAAAAGAGCUGGAAAAGAUCAGCCAGAAGAGACACCUGGACUUUCUUGACAUUCUUCUCUGUGCUAAGGAUGAGAACGGUCAGGGUUUGUCUGAUGAGGACUUACGUGCAGAGGUGGACACGUUCAUGUUUGAGGGGCACGAUACAACAGCCAGUGGGAUCUCCUGGGCAUUGUACUGUAUGGCCAAAUACCCUGAACAUCAGGGCAAAUGUCGAGAGGAGAUCAGAGAGCUGAUAGGAGAUCGGGACACUGUGGUGUGGGAGGAUUUGGCUAAGAUGCCGUACACCGCUAUGUGUAUUAAGGAGUGCAUGCGUUUGUAUCCACCUGUACCUGAAGUGGCACGUGAGCUCAGCCAACCAAUCACAUUCUGUGAUGGGCGAAGCCUUCCCAAAGGUGCUGGUGUUCUCUUGAGCAUCUAUGCAAUGAACAGAUGUCCUAGUGUAUGGGAAGAUCCAGAGGUGUUUGAUCCUCUUAGAUUUUCUCCUGAAAAUACCUCCAAAAGACAGUCACAUGCUUUCCUGCCCUUCUCUGCCGGAGUAAGAAACUGCAUUGGACAGAAUUUUGCAAUGAAUGAGAUGAAGAUUGCCUUGGCGCUCACAUUACAGAGGUUUGAAUUGUACCCGGAUCCCACACAGGAACCCAUAAAGAUCCUCCAGUUAGUUUUGAAAUCUUUCAAUGGAAUCCACCUGAAUCUGAAGAAAAUAGACCGCAUGAAAGAGAAAGAUCUGUAACAGAAAGGACUGGCAAACUUGUACAAACCUUCCUGAAC